CUAGAAAUGAAAAGCUUGAUUCUGCCUCCUGAACAUAUUCUGAAGAGAGGGGACAGUGAAGCAAUAGCAUAUGCUUUCUUUCAUCUUCAACACUGGAAAAGAGUAGAGGGGGCAUUGAAUCUCUUACACUGUACAUGGGAAGGCACUUUCAGAAUGAUCCCCUAUCCACUGGAAAAAGGACACCUUUUCUACCCUUACCCUAUUUGUACAGAAACUGCAGAUAGAGAAUUACUACCAUCAUUUCAUGAAGUUUCAGUUUACCCCAAGAAAGAGCUUCCCUUCUUCAUCCUCUUCACUGCUGGACUAUGUUCUUUCACAGCCAUGCUAGCCCUCCUGACACAUCAGUUCCCAGAGCUUAUGGGGGUCUUCGCAAAAGCCUUUCUCAGUACCCUCUUUGCCCCUUUAAAUUUUGUGAUGGAAAAAGUAGAAAGCAUCCUGCCCUCCAGUCUGUGGCACCAGCUGACGAGGAUCUGAGGGAGCACGCCCGCUGACUGACUGCCGUGACAUCUUCUGUGCCAACUUUUUGUUGACCACAAGAAAGCAUGAUAAAAAAGGGAAGCAGUUCUAAGACUUAAAAACUCUUCAUGGAUUGUCUGUUCUCAUAUAAAAACUGUUUUGUUGUACAAAAUACAUUGAUGUUAGGUUCUAUUAUAUUUUGCCUUCAGAAAAGAAAAACUUAAAAAUAAAAUUUUGUGUAUUG